AUGCUUGUUGAAUUGGGGAUUGAUAAGUUGUUUAUCGUUAUCGUUGAUAAUGCAAGUUCAAAUGAUGUUGCUAUUGGUUAUUUGAGAAAGAAAUUUAACCCUCGAGGGGGUUUAGUUCAAAAUGGUAAAUAUCUUCAUAUGAGAUGCAUGGCACACAUUGUGAAUUUGAUUGUUGUUGAAGGCUUAAAGGAAAUGAAUAAAUCUGUUGAACGUGUUAGGGGGGCUGUUAGAUAUGUGAGACAAUCUCCAGCUAGAUUACAAAAGUUUAAGGAGUGUGUUGUGGUGGAAAAGAUAGAGUGCAAGAAGAUGUUGUGUCUUGAUGUUUGUACUAGGUGGAACUCGACCUACUUAAUGUUAGACACUGCUCAGAACUUUGAGAGAGCUUUUGAGAGAUUUGAGGAGCAAGAUACAAAUUUUAGGGCUGAACUUGAAAGGGGAGAGGGUUGGCCUAGUGUGGAUGAUUGGGAUAAUGUUAGAAACUUGAGGGAUUUCUUGGAACACUUUUAUGAAUUAAAUAGUAAUAUUGAUUUCAAUGUUAUGGCCAUCAAGAUGAAAGAGAAGUAUGAUAAGUAUUGGGGUGAUAUUGAUAAGAUGAAUUUGCUUAUGUUUGUUGCUUGUGUUUUAGAUCCUAGACAAAAACUAAAGUAUCUUGAAUUUGCACUUAGUGAAAUGUCUAGUUCUGAAAAAGAUUGUGAAAUGAUGCAAAAGUUGAAGGAAUCUUUGUAUGAAUUGUUUGAUGAGUAUAAGCCUCCACUUCAUGGUACUUGUAGCCAAUCGAGUGUGUCAACACAUGUUUCUAUUGGUGAACCACAACAAAAAAUGAAAAGGCGAAUGCAAGCUUUGUAUAAAAAGCGUGAGUUGGAAAUUUGUGGUGAGGAUAAAACAUCUGAGUUGGAUAAAUAUCUAGCUGAGGCUAAUGAAGAAUUUGUUGAAGAUUUUGAUAUUUUAUUGUGGUGGAAAAGAUGUGUUAGCUAUACCGGUUUCUACGGUUGCUUCAGAGUCCGCAUUUAG